UCCAAUAGCACUUUUCAGGAUGACAGGGAUUAUUCUACUCCUGCUGGUACUUGCGUUUACUUUUUCUGAAGCGGAGGACAAUGAGCUGUUCUCCGUGAUCAGCACCCCCUCUGAGAAGGGCCAGAGUGUUUUACCCGACCCUGCCCAGAACCAGAGCACAAGGCUAGGGACCAAAGACCCCUCUCUCCCCAUCAAUGAGCUCCUGGAAAAGAGCAGCAAAGCCGGGGACCCCAAGUACGCCCUCCACCCCCUUCCCUCGGGGGUCUGGCCCAAGCACAGUGACCCUCGCCCCGGCCCCCACAACAAGAGCAAGAAGGGCCCUAAAAAUGACCGCCUGAUCGAGCACAACAGCGAGAAGAACCGCGGCGAGGCGGGUCUAGCACUUCCCAAAACGCCACUAAUCGCUGCCACCAACCGCACACAGAAAGUCAACGUGGACCCUCACCGGGACCCCCACACUAACUUCAACAACCCCCCGCAGAGUGACCCGGACAGUCACCCCAACUCCAGACCCAGGGGCCACCCCCACCCUCACCCGGCCCCCUCCCCUCGCAGGGACCCCCCAACCAGAAAGCUGGACCCGGAGGAGAAUCGCCCUGGGGGGAAGUCCAGUCUGUACCAGUCCGGCGGCGCCAACCGGAAUAACAGCCGCUCAUCUGUGCUCAUCAACCGUCGCUCCUCCAGCCUGCUCUACCACUUCGACAUCCUGAAACGAGAGUCUGACUUCACUCACGAGGCCGUCUGCAUGAGUGAGUGCAGGAAGGAGAAGGAGGAGAGAGAGUACUACUGCUACAGUGAAUUUGCCAUCAAUGGGAUCGUUCACGACAUAGACAUGGUGCGUAAGGGGAUUAGACUCAUCACACUGAUGGUGAGCAGCGAUGGUUUCUACAAGAUGAGCCGUCUCUACGUCACUCCAGACAGCUUCUUUCUCAAAGUGCGUCUCCUAGUCCUGGACACCUACAAAUGUAGCAAGCCUUGUCCUGACAUCAAACUAGACAAGACAUGA